AUGGAGAAGGGGCCCUUCUCGGUGGAGUGGCUGGCCCAGAGCAGCUGCGGCGGAGCCCAGCCCGCGGCCGCAGCCAGCCGGCCGGGCUCCCCCUCCGGAGACACCGGCAGCCGAGCGAGCGCGGCGGGAGGCGCCGCGCCCUGGGACCGCAGCAGCCCCGGGCACGACGCGGAGGCGGGAGGCGGCGGCGCCGUGUCCGGGCGGCCCCGCACCAAGUUCUCGGCAGCGCAGCUGCAGGAGCUGGAGCGGAGCUUUCGCGAGCAGCGCUACAUCGGCGCCAGCGAGAAGCGGCGCCUGGCCGCCGAGCUGAACCUCUCUCAGAGCCAGAUAAAAACCUGGUUUCAGAAUCGUCGUAUGAAGUUUAAACGUCAGACUCAAGAUGCUAGGGUGGAAGCUCUCUUCUCAGGUUUAUUUUUGCCCUAUCAUUACUGCCCAGAUAUUGCUACCUCCACCUAUUCUCAUGGAAUGGACAUUAAUCUCUCUUCUACCUGUGCUGUUUCCCUUCACCCAGCUAUUCCAAGCCCUGCCUUGUUGUUGCCUUCUGUUCCAGCUCAGCCCCUUCAGCCCAUUUUGCCAAGUCCAGCUUUACUGAUGCCUCCCAGCCCAGGAUUAUCUUGUUACUCUUCUGCAGUUCCAGCAAUGACUCUGACAGAUGUCCAUGAAAGACUGAUGUUCCAGCCAUAUCUUCCUUCCUGUUAG